AUGAUAUUUUUAAAUCUUUGGUCAUUAUUCGCAUGGUAUUUGAGACCUUUCAUCAAGUGGUUUUUUCGGAAAACAACUCGUUUGUGUGAGCUACAAAGAAUAUGUUAUGGUGACAAAGCCGGAGCUGCAAGAACAUGUAAUGUUGAAAAGUCUUUAAUGUUAUCGCGUACACAAAGUGUAAAGGAAGUAAUUUCCUUUUUAGAUGCAACUGUUUCGGAACAUAGGUUUAUUCCAGAAAACUUUCGUGAUAUAUUAGAACCCUCAAUAUCAAUUAUAGUUAGAGUUAAAAAAAUUAACGCGAAACUUCACACACCUUUCAUCACUUCUUUUCGACGAUGCUUAGAACAAAUUUGGAGUUACAGAAGUCUCAUGAACGAUGUGGAAAACCUUCGUCGGACGCAAUUUGACAGUAAUAAUCCAUUACAUGAAGAGAAGUUAUUAAAGUUGUGGUCUUUACUGGUUCCUGACACACCUUUAGAAAACCGAAUCACUAAACAGUGGCAAUAUAUAGGUUUCCAGGGGGAUGAUCCAAAGACUGAUUUCCGUGGCAUGGGUAUGCUUGGAUUAGAAAAUCUUUUAUUUUUUGCUACAGAAUAUCCAGAAGUAUCAAGUCAUGUACUAAGUCACUCUUGUCAUCCUUUAUAUGGUUAUACCUUUGCAAUUGUAGGUAUUAACAUUACUUCAAUGGCUUACUACCUUCUAAAAGAUGGAUCUGCUAAGACUUAUAUGUUUAACACUAAACAAUACUUACCUACUAUUAAUUUAUUUCAUAGGUUUUAUUGUUAUUUGUUCUUUGAAUUUGAUAAAAUGUGGAUUGAAUCAAAACCAGAAAAUAUAAUGGAAUUUUCUAUCAUUUUUAAGAAAUUUGAAAAUGCAGUCCGGAAUGAACUAGCAGAUCCUGCUUCAGUUUUUCGAAUAAAUAUAGAAAUUGACACAAUAUAG